AUAAAGUACACAAUGUAAAAGGAAUGACAAGGUUAGACUCAAGACUGGCAGCAGCUAAUGUACCAUAACUUAGGUCAAUUGCAACAGAGGGGGUUAUAGAUCCAAGUGUGUUGGUUUGGUGAUGAAAUUAUUUCCACAUUAGUUUCUUUUCACAUUUAGUUUCAACCAUGACCAAGUGGAUCAGAUCAGCUCAAAUACUUAACAAGUCCUACACAUGCCAGCAUAUUCAAAGUAAAUUUCUCACACUAGGGGGCAGUGUUUCUCAACAUUUUUAUUACACAUUGUCUUACAAAAGUGCUGAUCCACAUCUGCUCACAAGGUCAAGACUACAUACCUAUUUAACUGUUAGAUUUAAAUGGUGGAGUAUUAAUUCUGGAACAUUUUUUAGAGGGUCAGAUACUAUUGGGCCUUACAUCUCUCUUUGGUCAAGCACUUCAGCUGGACACAAUCUUAUUAAAGCAUGCCCAAGUAGACACUCUCACACCCAACAGCAAUCGCAAUUUAGUGUCGUCUGCAAUGAUGAAUGUGUACAAGUAAGCUUUGCCGAUCGUACGCUCAAAAUUCCACUCAUAUGGCUGAGGGAUCACUGCAGGUCAGAAAAGUUUUACAACCACAACACACAUCAGAAAAUACCUCAGAGUGGUCUCUCUGAAUUGGACUUAAGCCCAGCAGAGAUCUGCCUUGUUGACAACAACUCUGCUGUCUCUAUCACAUGGAAAGAUGGUCAUGUUUCAAAAUUUAAUCUUGACUGGUUGGCCAAUAAUUUUUAUCCUGGCAAGCUUGUCAGUCAGUCCAAGCGGCAGUACUGGAAUAAUGAGAUUGUACUGGAGGAAGGUUUGCAGACUGUCUCAUACAACGAUCACAUGACUUAUGAUGACGGCCUGAAAAAGUCACUCACUAACCUUGUGAAGUUUGGAUUCUGUAUUAUUGAAGAGACUCCAGUGUCCCAGUCUGCCACACAAGCUGUAGCCGAGAGGAUAUCGUAUGUGUUGCAAACAGUAUUUGGUCAAAUGUGGACCUUCACCUCUGAUGCAUCUCGCAGUGACACAGCCUACACUACUCAAUAUCUUGGUGCUCACACUGACAACACCUACUUGUCUUCUCCUGCUGGGGUUCAAGUUUUUCACUGUUUGAAGCACAAUGGCUCUGGGGGCGAGACUCUGCUGGUUGAUGGUUUUAAAGCUCUGGAUAUACUCAGAAGCGUUGACCAAGCAGCUUUUAAAGUCCUUGCAUCUGUGGUGAUCCCUCAUGAGUACAAAGAGCAAGCAAGUGGCAACCACCCAGGUUAUCAUUUGUACAACCUGAGUCCUGUGGUCACACUUCAUCCUAUUUCAGGGGAAUACAUCAGUUUGAGGUUCAAUCCAUAUGACAGAGCACCUUUGAACACCCUGAGUCUCCAUGAUAUGACAACCUUUUACUCUGCCUAUGACAAACUGUCUAAGAUCAUCUCCAACAAAGAGAAUGAACUGCGGAUCAAGCUCAACCCUGGCACCAUCUUAUUGAUUGACAACUGGAGAGUCCUUCAUGGGAGAUCAUCUUUUGAUGGAACUCGUGUCGUGUGUGGGUGUUACCUCCCCAGAGAUGAGUGGAUCUCAAAGGCCAGAUUGAUGGGGCUUUUGUAGCAAUGGAAGCGUGUGCUUACUUAUUUUAAAUUCAAUCCAACAUGUACAUAUUUUAAUAAAAUUGUCCAAGUAAUUAAUGGAAGAAAUGAAAAAAUAAAUUUUUAUUAGUUUGAAGAUUCAAGCUUAAGAAAAAUAUUAUAAUAUUGGCCUAAUAGUUGAUGGCUGCCUGGUCAAUCUUAUGCGCGUUUGGUCAUCUCGAUGGUCUCGAGUUUGUACCCUUGCCAGCUGCCGUCCCCUCUGUUGUAGAUUAUCUUCAGUUUGAAGGAACAACUGAACAUGUAUAACAUUUUACGAAACAAUAGUUUAUCUCUUAAAAAUAAAGUUCCGAAAAUGAUUUCAUUCCUGUAAGAAUGGCUGUAUAAAAGAUGUGAAAUAAAAAAUUGUUAUUAAGAAUGAUUCUGUCUAUAUUGUUGCUGAUUCAAAUGACCUCCUGAAUUAUCAUGUCAAUAAAAUAUGAUCAUGAGUUAAA